AUGGCUGCAGCCUCGUAUCGCGCGGCGCUCAAUGUCGCUGCCACGUUGUCUCAGCAACAGCAGCAACAGCCAUCUCAGCGACGGCAUCAUCCUCAGCAGCAGCAGCAGCAACAGCAGCCGCAACAACAACAGCAACAACCACCAACUCAUCCUCAUCAUCAUCACCAUCAUCAUAGAAAUCAUAAUCAUCAGCAACAUCGUACCACUACCACUCAUCAACUCCAUCAUCAACCUCACCAAAGCGAUCGAAGUUCCUCCUCUUCGUCGUCGGUCACGUCUCCGACGUCCACGUCAAUCUCCGGUAUUCUACGACAGACUUAUCAGCAGGCAUACAGCAAUAUCGCGGCCACGAGCUCGAACUCGGGCAGCCAUCAUCGUGCCGGCACAUCGGCGGUCUCGGCAAUCGCCCAUCAUCCCUACAGGCGACCGUCGGUGACGUUGCUGUCGCGAACGGCCUCGCAUAUCGGCCAGCAGGCUUCCUCUUCCUCCUCAUCCAUCUUCGGUGCUUCCAACGGCGUUUCUGCCGCGGCUGGCGUCUCCAGCGUAUACGCGAGCACGAUACACAGGCAUCACGCGACUUCCCUGCACGCUCUUCAAGCCGCCGCCGGCUUCUACGAGACGCCGAGUUAUCACGCCCUCCUGCCUCAAAGUUAGACGACAGCCAGAUGUCCGGGCGGUUUCGCGACGUUGGAUGUCUACGCGUGAACG